AUGUGUGCAUCAACGAAAUUUAAGAUGAAUAAUUCUUUAGAUCCAGAACAGAAAAUACAGGAAGCAUAUACAGAGCGCCAAACACCAAACAUUCUUAUAACUGGUACUCCAGGAACUGGCAAAACUACUCUAAGCCAGCUAGCGUCGGAAUCAACGGGUUUACAUAACAUAAUUGUAGGAGAAUUAGUUAAAGAAAAAUCAUUACAUCAUGGUUAUGAUCAAGACUUUCAAAGCUGGAUUUUAGAUGAUGAUAAGCUUGUAGAUGAAUUAGAAGAAACAUUAUCAAAUGGAGGAAAUAUAGUGGAUUUUCAUUCAUGUGAAGUAUUUCCCGAACGUUGGUUUGAUUUAGUUCUAGUAUUAAGAACUGAUAAUACGAUAUUGUAUGAUAGAUUAAAAGAUAGAGGUUAUUCACAAAAAAAAAUCACGGAAAAUAUUGAUAGUGAAAUAUUUCAAGUGAUAUUAGAAGAAGCAAAGGAGUCAUAUGCGGCAGAAAUCGUGGUUGAGCUACAAAGUAAUAAUAUAGAGGACAUGCAAAGUAAUGUUACGAGGAUUGAAGAAUGGGUGGAGGCUUGGAAGACACGAACAAACGAGAAAGACCAUCAGAAAAAUUUAAAUAAUACUUCUAAUUAA